AUGUCUUCCGCCACCACCACAACACCCGCCCCAACCCUUCGCCGGGCCACCUUGCAAGACGCCGAAGCAGUGUCCGCGCUGGGGUCCUCUGUGUUCAGCGCCACAUUUGGCCACUCGGUCACGCCGCAGCAGCUCCAAGCCUACCUAGAUGCGUCGUACAGCGUCGCGGCGACGGCGCGGGACAUUGAAGACACACAAAAAGACAUGACAGUGGCCGUGGCGGCGGACGGCGACAACACGACGAUCAUCGGCUUCGUCCUGCUGACGCGCGGCGGCAGCGAGCCGUGCGUCGACGAUGUGGCCUCCAAGAUUGAGCUGCAGCGCAUCUACGUCUCGGCGGCGCACCACGGCCAGGGUAUCGGCAAGCUGCUCAUCCACGAGGCGCAGAGGCAGGCGCGGGAGCAAGGGUUCGAACACAUGUGGCUCGGGGUCUGGGAGGAGAACCACAAGGCUGCGCAGGUGUAUGCCAAGCUCGGGUUCAGCGUGGUCGGCGGGCAUGAGUUCAACGUUGGGGGAGAUAUCCAGAUGGAUCGCAUCAUGCUGAAGAAGUUGUGA